AGAAUAGAACUAACCAAUUAGAAUUCUUUAUUUUUAAUCGAUAACAAUAAUGGCCGCUAUUAGCGGGAAAAUUCAAUUUCCCCCUUCAAUGUUAAUGGGAAUCGUAUUUUGUUUUUCUUUUCAAAAUAGGUUAUUGGAAAAUUUGACAGUAUUGUAAAAUAUUAAAUAGAUGAAAUAAAAAUGUUUCUUUGGAGAGAUAUAACUCCAAAAUUAACGAAAUUUAAAAGAAUUCCCUUAAAAUUGAGUGUUCGCGAUAGUUCUGGACAUAAGGAAGAAAUUUUAAAUUAUGAGGAACAAAUACGUGCUAAAAUUGGAAAUCGAGAAAUAGUUGCCUAUGGUCUUAAUGGAUGUCCUUCAUAUAUUGAUUUGCAUUAUUGUCCAUUUCCAUCUAUAAGAUUUCGUGAAUUUGGACCUGAAUUGAUGGCUUUGAGAGAAAAGGAAAAAGGAAAUUGGAAAAAAUUGACAAUUAAUGAAAAAAAAUGUUUAUAUCGAGGAAGUUUUUGCAAUACAUUUGCAGAAAUGGAUGCACCAGAUCCAGAAUGGAAAUCAGUAUUAGGAUGGGGUUUAAUUGGAAUCUCUGCAGCACUUUGGCUUUAUAUUUUUUAUCAGUUAUACAUACGAUUGCCUGCUCCAUCAUCAUUUUCACCAGAAUCUAGAAUAGCACAAUAUUAUCGUUCAAUUGAUUUAAAUAUGAGACGAUUUACUUACAAUAAAAAUUGGGUUCCACGUGGUGCAGUAAAAAGAGUUCAUCCGAAAAAUCAACAAAUGUUAGACGAAUUAAAUGCACAACUUAAUAUUAAGUCAAGAUAAAAAUUUUUCAAAUUCAAAUUUACCGCGUCAAUAUUUAUCUUUAAGAUUUUAUAAAGAGUUAGAUUAAUUGCACAUCUACGUAGAAUGAGAAAAAUAUUUAAAAUUACAAAUUAUUACUUAAUUAAAGUUGUCAAUGAAUAAUCAUUUAUUUAUUUAUUUUUUUUAAUUAACAUUAGUAAUAGAUAAACAAAUUCGCAUUCUAGUUACUUCCAACAUUUCCCUAGAUGUGAGAAAAAAAUUGUAUUUACUAAAACUUACUAGAAAAAAGAAAAAGAUUAAAACUUGAUAAUUCGGUUUCUCGUUUAUUUUAAAUCAAGGGUGUUACAUAUUUGUAGAAUGUAUCAAAAAAAAAAGAGUCGUGAUUGUAAA